AUGAACCCACUACAAAAAUCAUCUGCAUUCUUAAUAAUAUCAAUCCUACUCAUAAUAACAUUAUCCCCUCUGAGGGUAUUUACACAAAAAACUGUAGUAGAAACUGAAGUGGUAACGAUAAAAGCUCCAGAUGUUACGGUCGCAGUACCACCACCGGAUGCUAAUCCAACUGAAACGGUAGUUAUCGGUCAACCAAAAGAACCUGCUAAAGUACCGGAGCCUGCUCCCGGUGAAGAACCAAAGGAGCCUCCAAAACAAGUACCCAAUGAGCAACCUAAAGAACAACCAAAAGAACCACAGAACCCUGAAGUCACUCCUCCUCCGCAACCUAAAAGUCCUCCAGGAAAGCAACCUGAUUCAACAAAAAAUUCAUCAAAAAGCGCUGUUUUUGUUUUAACCGGUAGCGCGCCAACACCUACCAACCUCGGCUAUGUUAAUGUUGUAGAAUGGAAUUUAACGGGUGUUAAUAUCAUAAUUGGUGGACUAUUCACGUUUAUGAACGCUUGGGUUUUAUAA